AUUCUUUGGUUUCUGAAGACACAAUUCGCAUGAUGAGGUAUAACCAGCAUGAAGACCUAUACUCUGAGGAGGACGACCUUAAGUCAUCAAUUCAGUUUAGUUCAAGAGAUGUCCCCCUGGUGAUACCAGAUUUCAGCCAAGCCAGGUAUACAAGAGGACUUUAUGCGACAUUGAAUAGAGCAGCUUCUCUAAACACCAAAGAUAUUACCAAGCCCCCUUAUAAAAACAAAACCAGAAGCUUUGAUGUUACUCAUCGAAGUUUCAAGUCAAGUGCCAAAAAAAGGGGAAUGGCAAAUGUUAAAGACCUUUGGGAAAAGAGUGGACUGAAGACAAAUGGUAGAAAACUUUUAGUGGACGCAAGUGAUGCGAUAUCCAGCAGGGGGGAUCAUGAUGAAUCACCGAAACAGGCUUUCAGCGGCAGCAAUAUGCAUCAGUUAAGAAGCCUCGAGUCUACCUUCAUGGCUAAUGAAGGUCGGUCCGCAAAGGUGCAUUGUAACGACACUGUUUUAACGACGCAAAGUUCCCACACUUAUGAAGACCUUACCAGUUUUGAUAGCAAAUAUCCUAGUCAUCCAAACGCAGAAUCCACGGAAAGCAAGUCGUCUGGUACGUACGCUGAAAUAGACGACAUUAUUAUAGAAGGUAUUGAUAACCCUGCAUUCCUUGGCGAUAGAGAGCACGCUCUCGUUGAUAACAGGCAGAGAACAACUAACAAAAAGGUGUUAGACCCGGACAGACUUGCACAGUUUAAAAAAAAAAUUAAUGAAAAAUUACAGGGUGCUCCUUUGCACCGCAUGCAGUGGCUGGAUCUUGAUGAAAUAGUAAUCGAUGACAUUGGAGACCGACAGGAGAGAAGAGUUAAGUUUACUGCAGACACCUACAACCCGAACAGCAUGAGACGUGAUGUGGGAGGCAGCCAUCAAAACCGAUCGUUUCCAGGCGCAGUUGUCAGACAAUUUCCAACUGACGAAGGUGAAACUACGGAAGGUAACAACCCUAAGAGCCGAGACUCGAGUGAAGUUGACCGAAGGGGAAUAUGGACAACUUCUGAGAGCUACCGAGAAAGAUUCAAGGAAGCGCCCAAAGGCACAGUUGGUCGAGAGAGACGGCAGCAAUUGUGGGAGUCGUACUACGGCACGGGAGGGCAUCUGGACCGUACGCUCCCGAGGCAUCUGGCCCCGCACCCCAACAGCAAGGCGCCCUUCUGUGGGAAGCCUGGGAACUGCCACGACUUUACCCUGGAUCUGUAUCGCUCAGCGAAGCUAAGGCAGCGGUCGGAGGCGCGAAGGAGGCGGCGCAGAUGCUACGCCGUCGUGUUGAUCGUGGCGGCACUCGUGGCCUUCCUCGGCGCCGUCGUCACUAUCUCGUGGUAUUACACAGGCGGACAGAAAUUCUUCGGUUCCAUGUAGAGCGCUCUCUCUCCCGCGGCUACAAAUCCUUCUUUGUUUGCGGGGAUUCUGGAGAUACACGUUUUGUACACUUCUACAGGUUAAUCAGGAAUUAGACCUUUUAUAAUCUCGAAACCAUCAUUUUCUUCUAGGUAACUUGUAGUGGACUCUGUGAUAUUCAUUAAAAUGUGUGAAUUGAUAUUGUUAUUUACAUAAUAAAUAAUGCAAAGUUCGACUGAACUGUCAUGUCGUCUGAGACCCUGCGAGCCUGAAAUUAAGUCACAGUUGUCUGCAUUCUUAUAGUACAUGUUAAGAAAGAAGCUUUUUACAGAACCGCCUUCGAUAUUAGCUGCCAUGGUGCCAGCUUUAUGGAAGAGUAACAAAUGUGUCAUUAACAAACAGCACUGGCUAGCAUGUAUUGUCAUAAAAACCUUCAUCUUUCGAAUUAGCCAUGAAGUGUAUAGGUUAGCUAGGAAUUGACAGAAUGUAUAUAUGUGUAAUUAUAAGUUGUACAAUUGUGUAAAACGCCAUGUGAUGAUAAAUCCGUCCAACUUGUAUAUAGAUAAAGAAGUCUAGAUGUAACCGCAGUUUCUGAUGGAAAUUUGCGCUAUUAAUUUUUUACAGUCUUUUAUACUUCUGUAACAUGUAUUAUUUACUAUCAGAAUUUAUUGUCACACUUUAUACGAGUUCUAUUGUACUCCUCGAAAGUGCAGCUCCCAAUUAUUUCUAUGCUUGAAAAAACUCAGUAACAUAAAAUGCCAUAGCAUACCACCAUUUUCGUUGUUUGGUAGCAAAUUUGAGUCUACAACAGUCUGCAGGAUUUUUCUUGCGGUUUGUCAUUUGUUACAGAUAUUAUCUUUGGAUAUUGUCUGUUACUGACAUACUUUGAGAAGAAUUUUGUAUAUAUAGAGAUUUGAUUUAUCUAAUAUGUAACCAAUGGCAUUAAAUGGACAUUAACCUUGAUAUGAUUAUGGUAAUACCAAAUACUUUGAAUUGUGGUAUUAAUUCAUAAGAGAAAACGUAUUUGCUAAAAGGAUCUACGAAUUUCUCCCCGGAUAAACAUCCUAUCAAAUUCUAUAUCACUUCUUGUAAAUGUGUGUUUGGCCUGCAGGUCAAUAUACGCUUCCUCACAAAAAAAA